AUGACUGGGUGUGGGGACGGGGAGCGCCUGACAAGCGGCCACCCAGAUUUUGGCUUUGAGAUUUUGGAUUCUCUGAUCUGGAAUCACAGCACCAACAGCCCCCACUAUGGCUGGGUGGGCCUGGCACUGUGCCACGUAUAUGACAUCCCCCCACCUGACCUCCCCGGACUGAGACCCCGAAGGGCAGAUGACUGGUUUGAGGCCCCACAGGGGGCGCCCCAGCGGGACCGGCGCAGGAGGAAGCGGAGGGGGGCGCCAGGGGGCGCCCCAGCGGGACCGGCGCAGGAGGAAGCGGAGGGGGGCGCCAGGCGCGGAGAGGAGGCCAUGGGCGCGCUGCUGCUGUGGCUGCUGUUGUCCCGGGCCGGGCUCGGGGGGCUGGGGGAGUUGGGGCGGGGCGUGAGGACCCAGGGGGACUUACCUGCUCAACUCCCCCCAGGGUCGCCGGAUGGGGACCUAAGGUCCCUGAAUCCAGGUGCCGCGAAGUGGAACGUGCUCACGACACCCUGCGGUCUCCGGAACAUCCACGAGCGCGUGGUGGGAGGCCAGGACGCGAAGCGGGGGAACUGGCCGUGGCAGGGCAGCCUGCGCUUGCACAGAAGCCACCUGUGCGGGGCCAGCCUGCUCAGCCGCCGCUGGGCGCUCACAGCAGCGCACUGCUUCAAAAAGUCCAUGGAUCCCUUGGACUGGAGCAUCCAGUUUGGCGAGCGGACUUCCCAGCCAUCUUCCCUGAGCAUGCGGGCCUACUACAACCGUUACCAGGUGGAGAAGAUCGUGAUGAACCCCAACUUUGAAGGGCAGUCACCCCACGACAUCGCCCUGUUGAAGCUGUCCUCCUCUGUCACCUACAAGAAGUACGUCCAGCCCGUCUGUGUUGUGGACUCCACCGUGGAGUUCCAGAACCGGACUGACUGCUGGGUGACCGGCUGGGGGAGGAUCCAGGAGCAGAAGGCAGAGCUGGAGCCUCCGUAUAACCUGCAGGAAGUACAGAUCUCCAUCAUAAACAACACCAUGUGUAACCACCUAUACCAACAGCCCGAUUUCCGCUCUAUAAUCUGGGGAGACAUGGUUUGUGCAGGCACCGAGGAUGGCAGCAAAGAUGCCUGCAACGGUGACUCGGGUGGACCCUUGGUCUGUGAAGUGGACAGCGUGUGGUAUCAGAUCGGAGUUGUGAGCUGGGGUGUGGGCUGCGGUCACCCGAACCGGCCCGGCAUCUACACCAACGUCAGCAAGCAUUUCCACUGGAUCCAGAGGCUGAUGGGCUGCGGGCUGCCAGGGACAGACCCCUCCUCGCUGCUGCUGCUGCUGGCUCUGCUCUGGGAGUUGCGGGGACCCCGGAGUCUGCAGCCUGCGGGCAGCCCCACGUGUCCAGCCGGAUCGUGGGGGGGUGGGCAGGACGCCCGGGACGGAGAGUGGCCGUGGCAGGCAAGCAUCCAGCGCCGCGGGGCGCACGUGUGCGGGGGCUCGCUGGUGGCCCCGCAGUGGGUGCUGACGGCGGCGCACUGCUUGCCCAGGCGGGCGCUGCCGUCCGAGUACCGCGUGCGCCUUGGGGCGCUGCGCCUGGGCCCCACCUCGCCUCACGCGCUCUUGGCGCCGGUGCGCCGGGUGCUGCUGCCUCCGGACUACUCCGAGGACGGGGCCCGCGGCGACCUGGCGCUGUUGAAGCUGAGCCGCCCGGUGGCCCUGGGCGCCCGCGUCCAGCCCAUCUGCCUGCCCGCACCCGGCUCCCGCCCGGCGCCCGGCACCCCGUGCUGGGUUACCGGCUGGGGCAGCCUGAGGCCCGGAGUUCCACUUCCGGAGUGGCGACCCCUGCAGGGAGUGAGGGUGCCGCUGCUGGGCGCGCGGGCCUGUGACCGCCUCUACCACGUGGGCGCCGACGUGCCACGCGGGGAGCGCAUCGUGCAGCCUGGGAACCUGUGUGCGGGCUACCUGGAGGGCCACAAGGACGCCUGCCAGGGGGACUCCGGGGAACCCCUGACCUGCGUGCAUUCUGGGCGCUGGGUCCUGGUGGGCGUGGUGAGCUGGGGUAAGGGCUGUGCCCUGCCCAACCGCCCCGGUGUCUACACCGAUGUGGCCACUUACAGCCCCUGGAUUCAGGCUCGCCUCAGCCUCUGAUGCAUUAACACUGACCUGGAGCCAGACGCUGGGGUCCCUCAGCUUCCUGGUCCUUCUGCACACCCACCACCUGCCCCUUCCGGCUAAUAGCUGAGAGACCUAAUACAUCUAAGAGGUCUUCUGCAGCCACACCACCCGUUCAUAUGUCUGCCCAUCCGUCUGUGCAUCCUCCUACCUCCUCUCCUCCUUGGGGCUCCUGGAGUCUGCCCCUGCCAACCCUCCUCCCGGGAUCACGCCUGUAACCACGGGGCUCACACUCCCUUCCUCCCCCUCCUUGCUGGUAUUUACCCUCCUCAUUCUCGCUGGGGCUGGCACUGGGCACCCAGAGACAGGCAAACCAGCUGGUGCCCUGUCUGCCCAUUUUUCUGGAGGACAUCAGAAAGAUUUGAAGCGUGAGAGGGAUUCAACGCCGGGAGAGUCUCUUGCUGGCUUUGAAGAUGGAGGGGGCCACGCGGAAGGAACUGUGACUUCCGCCAGGGCUGAAGAGUGGCCCCUGGCAGACGGCCCACACGGAGAAGACCUCAGUCCUAAAACCACUGGAACUGACUUCUGCAACAAUCUGAAUGAGCCUGGAGGCGGAUGCUUCCCUGGAGCCCAGCCUGGCCAGUCCCCUGAUUUUGGCCUGAGGAGACCCUGAGCAGGGAACCUGUAGGACUGCUAACUGACAGAACUGUGAUUUAAUAAAUUGGUGGUCUGAAGCUGCUAUGUUUGUGGUAAUCUGUUACGCUAAUAGAAAAUGUAGAUCUUGCCCGUGAUGAUGGAGGAGCCCUGGUGGCGCAGUGGUUUAGCGUUCGGCUGCUAACCGAAAGGUCGGCAAUCAAAUCCUUGGAAACCCUAUGGGGCAGUUCUGCUGUGUCAGGUCAGGCAGAUGCCCAGGAAGCCAGCAGGGAACCCAGGGACAGGGGCUGCAUUGAGGUGCAGUGGGGGAAAGUCACGUGAGAGGAAGGUGCUUCAGAGGGCUCUCCUGAGGAGCAAGAAAUACAGGCGGCAAAGCUGCCAGCAUCCCAGCAACACGCAAGCCACAACAGGAGGACAAACAGAGACAAGUGGUGGAAAAAUCACGGGAACAACACGGAAACAUCUAUCGAGGGCUAACACAAGAAAGCUUUACAAACCGCCAUUCUCUCGUCUUGGGGAGGAGAAAAAGAAAAGCCGGCCUCAGUGAGGUUAAUUGCCCAAAGCCACACACACUUGGCGAUGGACUUAGGCCUAGCCUGCCUGAGCCCACAGCCUGGGCGGUCAGCCUCCAGCUGGCCCGCCAUUGCCUAAGGCUUGAUUCGGGGCAAAAGCAGCAACUUCCCGACUCUGCCCGCCUUCAAAUCGCAGGCCUGGCACUUGCAGAGAUGUUUGGCGUCCAAGCCACAGACUGGCUCCUUUCUCGCUGGGUGCGACGGGCGUGCCUUCUCCAACACACGCCCAGCCAUGACCCAGCUGAGGGUAACCCUCUCCCCAGGUAUGGUUAAGCGAGGGAAAAACCUCCUUCCCUGUCGAUAAUGUAACUGCAGUUUGGGGAGACGCAGGACUAUGUCUAAUGCCCAAGGAAGGAAGGACUCGGCUCUUGGUGGGGAUGCCCACAAGGAAAGGGACAGCCAGGUAGCCAGGGAAAUUUCUGAGCCCGAACGUGUAUCUCAGCAGCCAGCGGGCCGGGGAGCUUCCUUACUCCUCCCCCUGGGGGGCGCAAGCACCUACCCGGGCCGUGCCCUGCUGCUUCUUCCCAGGAAGGUCGCCCGGCCCAUCCCUUACCCCUAACAGCACGUUUCUGGGAUCCUCAUAGGUCCUAAUAGCCUCUACGAAGUGGACUGAACAAGCCUUACAAAGCUGGGGCAGGGAAUGCGGGGGCGUCGUUCUUCCAGUACGGUGUCCGGAAGGUCCAAAACAAAAAACUUCCGCAAAACGAUCACCAAAGCAGCCUCUGCGAUCAUGUCAGACCCUUGCUAACGCCAGCUCAUGGUACACUUCAGUGCAAAUGUCUUACCAAACAAGAUGACUGACCAAGACACCCCCUCAUUCAUCCACCCCUCUGGGAUGCGUGGGCGCUCUACGCUCGCAGUUAGCGCCCGAUAUCCACAAAAGCAAGCAGUCUCUGCGCCCGGGACUCCCCCCGACCACAAGAUGGAGACCUCGGCUUUGCCACUCCCAAGAUGACGGCACCGCCUCCCGCGUCCCUCCCGCGCUCGUUCCGCCCUUCCUCCUCCCACCUAAGCCACGCCGCCGAUCGGCGCUGCCCCGCGCCCGGGAACCGAGAUGGCGGCCCACUGCCCAGU